AUGUCCCCAAUGUGCUUAAUUGGUGGAUUGAAAACGUCAGUUUCUAUGAAGCUCGGAAAAGAGGAAGCCUUUUAUGCAGCCGGCACAGCCAUCGUUUUGACAUCACCCAAGGCAAGGGAUAUAAGUGCAGUUGUUUGGAUGGUUACCACGGGAACCCUUACCUUCCUAAGGGAUGCCACGAUAUGCAUAUCAAUGAGUGUGAAGACCCAAACAACAAUUGCCGAAGUGAAGCUAUUUGCACCAAUACGCUGGGCAGCUACAGGUGCAGUUUCCCACAUGGUUAUCAGAUCUAUCACAAUGCAAGUGGAUAUUUUGGAUGCAAAUCUAAUGGAGGAAGCCACGGAAAUUGCUACUGGUGCUCUAAUUCUAAUAGCCAUUGGAUACAUCGAGCUAGAAGAUGAAAGCCAACUCCAACAGGAAGUACUAAAGAAACUUGAGACAAAUCGAAGAAACGAUGAAGUGAACUCAACGAAAUUCAGUGUGCAGCUUCCAAAAGCAAUUUUCUCAAGCAUCAUGGGUGUUGCAACAUCCAAUGAAGCAUGGAUAUAA